CAGUUCCGCAGAGGCAGGCUGCGUGCUUACGCAACACGCACGACCGGGGGUGGGGCAGACGGCCGGGCGUGCAGCGGAGGCGCCGGGCCUGGUCCCGCGGGUGCUAUGGCCAAGACCGUGGCCUAUUUCUACGACCCCGACGUGGGCAACUUUCACUACGGGGCUGGGCACCCUAUGAAACCCCAUCGCUUGGCACUGACACAUAGUCUGGUUCUGCACUACGGUCUCUAUAAGAAGAUGAUCGUCUUCAAGCCAUACCAGGCAUCCCAGCAUGACAUGUGCCGCUUCCAUUCUGAGGACUACAUUGAUUUCCUGCAGAGAGUCAGCCCUACCAAUAUGCAGGGCUUCACCAAGAGCCUUAAUGCCUUCAACGUGGGCGAUGACUGCCCAGUGUUUCCCGGGCUCUUUGAGUUCUGCUCCCGCUACACAGGCGCAUCUCUGCAAGGAGCAACCCAGCUGAACAAUAAGAUCUGUGAUAUUGCCAUUAACUGGGCUGGUGGUCUGCACCAUGCCAAGAAGUUUGAGGCCUCUGGCUUCUGCUAUGUCAAUGACAUUGUAAUUGGCAUCCUGGAGCUGCUCAAGUAAGUACACCCCCGGGUGCUCUACAUCGACAUUGACAUCCACCAUGGCGACGGGGUUCAGGAAGCCUUCUACCUCACUGACCGGGUCAUGACAGUGUCCUUCCACAAAUACGGAAACUACUUCUUCCCCGGCACAGGUGACAUGUAUGAGGUUGGAGCAGAGAGUGGCCGUUACUACUGUCUCAACGUGCCCCUGCGGGACGGCAUUGACGACCAGAGUUACAAGCACCUUUUCCAGCCGGUUAUCAAUCAGGUGGUGGAUUUCUACCAACCCACCUGCCUGGGCUUUUGCGUUUUGCAGUGUGGAGCUGACUCUCUGGGUUGUGAUCGAUUGGGCUGCUUCAACCUCAGCAUUCGAGGACACGGGGAAUGUGUCGAAUAUGUCAAGAGCUUCAAUAUCCCUCUACUGGUGCUAGGUGGUGGUGGCUAUACUGUCCGAAAUGUUGCCCGCUGCUGGACGUAUGAGACAUCGCUGCUGGUAGAAGAGGCCAUUAGUGAGGAGCUUCCCUAUAGUGAAUACUUCGAGUACUUUGCCCCGGACUUCACACUCCAUCCAGACGUCAGCACCCGCAUCGAGAAUCAGAAUUCACGCCAGUACCUGGACCAGAUCCGCCAGACAAUCUUUGAAAACCUCAAGAUGCUGAACCAUGCGCCUAGCGUCCAGAUUCAUGAUGUACCUGCAGACCUCCUGACCUAUGACAGGACUGAUGAGGCAGACGCAGAGGAGAGGGGUCCUGAGGAGAACUACAGCAGGCCAGAGGCACCCAAUGAGUUCUAUGAUGGAGACCAUGACAACGACAAGGAAAGUGAUGUGGAGAUUUAAGAGCACCUGGGCUUGCUGUGUCCCAAGGAAUUCCUUUUUACCUCUCCGUUGGGUGGGAGGGAAAAGGUGUGUGUCCCCCAGACUUGGACUGGUCAACUUCAGAGGUUUUACCAAUGCUGGGAGACUACAUCUGGUUCUUAAACCAACGAUCCCCUUUCUUCUCCCUUCUGUGGCCUGACAAUGGUACCUGUUUGGGAUGGGAUGGGGGCAAGGACAGCUGUCCUCGGACAUCUUGGGCAGUGAGCCCUAGAUGCCAGUCCCAGCCCCUCUGGCCCUCUUAUUCCUUCCUGCUUCCCUCCAACCCAGCUACUUUUAGAGAUGAAGGGGUAAUCAGGACUGAGGUUACCUCUGACUUCUUUCUCUGCUGGGUUCUCCCACUGCAGGCCUUGCUUCCAGUGCAGGUGAAGAGUGAGGGAUUUUAGGGGCCUCUGGCUCCCUAACACCUUAACCCCAGAUGAUGGAAAGGACAGUUUUGAGUUGGGGGAGGAUGUGCAAAUAUGCUGUUCUAACUUUUGGCUUUAUGUCCAUUUUACCACUGUUUUUAUCCAAUAAACCAAGUUGGU